AUGGCUAAAAGAGCAUUAUCAACCUCUUACUCUAACAAAAAACACGAUGUUUUUCUCAGUUUCAGAGGCGAGGACACUCGAAUCGGUUUCACAAGCCAUCUUUAUGAUGCUUUGAAUCACAAAUCAAUCAAAACAUACAUAGAUUACCUCCUAAAGAGAGGAGAAGAUGUUUGGCCAACACUUUCUGAAGCCAUUGAGGAUUCACAUGUCUCCAUAGUUGUGUUCUCAGAAAACUACGCUUCUUCUAAAUGGUGUUUGGAAGAGCUUGUUAAAAUACUUGAAUGCAGAAAAGUUCGCGGACAAGUUGUUAUACCUGUUUUCUAUAAAACAGAUCCGUCUCAUAUUAGAAAUCAGACUGGGAGUUAUGAGAAAGCAUUCGCUAAACAUGAGAGAGAUCUUGGAAUUAAUGAAAGUGAUGAUUCUAAACGUAAAGUGCUUAGUUGGAAAGCUGCUCUCACUGAAGCAGCCAAUAUUUCUGGAUGGGACUCCAAAACUCACAAGGAUGAAUCUAACCUCAUUGAGAAUGUUGUCAAUGAUGUAUUGCAAAAGCUACAACUGAGGUACCCUAAUGAACUAGAAGGUAUUGUUGGGAUUGAAAAAUUUUGUGGAGUGGUAGAAACAUUAAUGACAAGUAUUCAGAUGCUUGGAAUUUGGGGUAUGGGUGGAAUGGGAAAGACAACCAUUGCUAAAGUAUUGUUUGCCAAAUUCUUUGCCCAAUAUGACCAUGUAUGCUUUGCUAAUGCAAAAGAAUAUUCACUCAGCAAGCUUCUCUCUGAGCUACUCAAGGAAGAAAUUUCACCAUCUAUUGUUGUAGGAACUACAUUCCAUAUGAGGAGGCUGAGAAGUAAAAAGGUUUUCAUUAUACUUGAUAAUGUGGACAGUUUAGAUCAGUUUGAAUAUUUAUACAGGGUUUUCAUUAUAACAACGAGAGACAGACAAUUGCUCAAUGAAAGAGUUCAUAAGAUAUAUGAGGUCAAGCAAUGGGAAGAUAAAGAAUCACUAGAGCUUUUUAGCUUGGAAGCCUUCAAACAAAGCCAUCCCCGAAAGGGUUACGAGGAUCUUUCGCAAAGGGCAGUUGCUUAUGCAGGAGGCAUUCCACUUGCUCUCAAAGUUUUGGGUUCAAAUCUCCGAUCAAAAGGUACUGAUUUUUGGGAAAGUACUUUCAGAAAACUCAACAAGUUUCCAAAACAAGAAAUUCAAAAAGUUUUAAAAGUGAGCUAUGAUGGAUUAGAUCGACUAGAGAAGAAGAUAUUUCUAGACAUUGCAUUUUUUUUCAAAGGAGAAAAGAAAGAUCAUGUCAUAAGGAUACUGAAUGCUUGUGGGUUGGAGGCAAGUAGUGGAAUAGAAGUCCUAGAAGACAAGGCUUUGAUAACUAUUUCAAAUGGAAAUAGAAUACAAAUGCAUGACUUGCUAAAAAAAAUGGGUUCAGACAUAAUGCGUAAAGAAUGUGGCAUAAACCCUGCAACUCAUACACGAUUGAGCGGGAGUGAAGCGCUUGAAGUAAUUAAAGAAAACAAGGGGACUAGUUCAAUUGAAGGCAUAACACUGGAUUUGUCUCAAAAUAAUGAGUUGCCUUUAUGUUCCGACACAUUCACCAAGAUGAAAGCCUUAAGAAUUCUUAAACUCUAUAUCCCAUUGGGUCAGAGUUGUAGUAAUGCACACCUCAACCUUCCCAUGGUACUUGAGCCAUUUUCUAGUGAACUGAGGUACUUUGAGUGGAUUGGAUACCCUUUUGAGACACUUCCACAACCUUUUUGCGCCAAGUUGCUUGUUGAGAUUCGUAUGCCGCACAGUAAUGUUAAACAACUAUGGCAGGGGAUGCAGGACCUUGAUAAACUAGAGGUGAUUGAUCUAGGUGAAUGCAGACAUUUUGUUCAGCUUCCGGAUUUGUCUAAGGCAUCAAAACUUAAAUGGGUUAAUCUCUCCGGUUGUGUGAGUCUGGUGGAUCUUCAUUCAUCUGUUCUUUUGGCUGAAACACUUACUACUCUGAUACUUGACGGUUGUACAAAGCUUAGAAGUGUUAAAGGCCGGAAACAUUUAAAGUUUUUGGAAAAGAUCAGUAUCAUUGGCUGCACAAGUCUCGAGGAAUUUGCCGUCUCCUCGGAUUUAAUUGAAAACUUGGAUUUAAGCAGUACAGGAAUUCAAACACUUGACCUAUCUAUUGGGCUUCCUCACAAUCUUAAGUGGCUUAAUCUUGAGGGUUCAAGACUUGAGUAUCUUCCAAAGGAGUUACCUAGCCUAACAUCUAUUAGGGAGCUUAGGAUUUCUGGCAGUGGACUAAAAGUUAAGAAACAGCAGCUACAUGUCUUGUUUGAUGGCCUACGAUCUCUACAAAUACUACAUUUGAAGGAUUGUAAUAACUUGUUUGAACUCCCUGACAACAUCAGUGUCCUAUCAAAAUUACAGGAACUAAUUCUAAAUGGAAGCAACGUGAAAAGGUUGCCGGAAAGCAUCAGGAAUCUUCAAGGGCUAGAAAUUCUGUCAUUGGAGGAAUGCAGGGAGAUUCGGUACCUUCCAGAGCUCCCCUCUCUCAUCAAAUUGUUAAAUGCCAGUAACUGCACGUCCCUGGUUUCAGUUUCAGAUUUAAAAACUAUUGCAUCAAAGAUGAUGGGAAAUGCCAAAUACAUUUCAUUCAGGGACAGCCUGAAUUUGGAUGGGCGUUCACUCAAACAUAUAAUGGAAAGUCUCAAUUUAACAAUGAUGAGCGCUGCAUUUCAAAAUGUGUCUGUUAGAAGACUUCGUGUGGAUGUUCACAGCUACAACUAUACCAGUGUUGAUGCUUGUCUACCAGGAACAAGGGUCCCAAGGCCGUUCAAAUAUCAAACUUCCACCGAGUCCUCCAUUACCAUUGAACUUCCUAACCAAUGGAACUUACUGGGACUUCUUUACUCAGUGGUUCUUUCUCCAGCAGGUGGAAUGAAGAAGGGUGGGACUAUAAUAAAAUGUCGAUGCGAUUUGGGAGAAAAAGGUACAAAGGUUUCAAGGUUUAAUACUUAUGUCACGGAACUGAACUCGGAUCAUGUUUAUGUAUGGUACGAUCCAUUCCAUUGUGACAGCAUUCUCAAAUUUUAUGAACCAAAGCUUUGUUUUGAGUUUCGUGUUACUAAUGAUAUGGAGGAAGUUGAUGGUUCAAUCUGUAUUAAAGAGUGUGGAGUACGGCCUGUAUGUGCUGAUGAACUGCAGAGUGUUUUACAGCAAUUGGAUUUGGAUUCAGAAAAGAGAAAAGAGUUAAAGAAGGCUGUGCGAUUAGAAAAGAGUCCCACAAGCAUUAUACAAGAAUCAGAUUCAGAGAUGGUUGAACCAGAGACAAAUUCUAAUUGGGAAGAGAGCAGUGCUGGAAAAGGCCGACAACAUAAUACCUCAAAGCCUUCAAAAGGUUGGAGUCACUUCUAUUCUAUUGGCAAACUUCGGGUUUCAUCUUUUCUGAAAGUUUCAAAAUUACAAACCAAGUUCAGUGCUGCAAGUGGUAGCAAGAAGAAUGCCAAAAACUCUACAGAAGUCGUCAAAAGCAAAGGAAAUGAAGGAAGACAAUCUGAAGCUGAAGCUAAAUUUCAUCUACCGGUAACAUCAUCUGUUGAAGACAAUGCUUCUGAUAAUAAACCAGGUGAAAACAACUAUGAUUGGCAAGAUAAUUUUGAUGAGACCAAGAAUUCAGAAGAAAACUCAAAUAUAGCAGGACAAAUCACUGUUCCUGACACCAACGAUCUAAUAAGUGAACCAGGACAAAGAAAAGAAAAUGCACCAAUAAUGAAUCUUAGCGAACCUGUAGGUGGUCAAGAAGAUGGAUCAGAUGAUAACCCUUUUUCUGAACUUGAGAGCAUCCUAUUGGGAAGUCCAGAGUCCUCAACAAAAGCAACAUGUUCCACAAAUGACGAUGCUGUAAGAGAAGCUUUGCAUAACCUUGAAUGCCUAUUGGAAAAUUCACUUGAGUCCAUUGUCAGUGAUGUUGAGCUACAACGACAACUACUAAUGUCUUUGGAAUACAUAACACAAGCAUCUCAUGAAAAUGUUUCUCCUAAUGUUGUGAUGCUUGUACAAAAAAUGGCAUCCUCUUUUGAGAACCUUUUCAAGGGCUUUGGCAGGACAAGAAAAGUGGUUGAGGAUCACAUUAAUGCUUUGAAACAAAAAGAAAAGCUCAUGCAGCGAGUGAGAGAUGCUAAGAAACAAAAGGAAUCAAAACAGAAAGAAAAGAGUCAGUUGGAAAAUGAAGCCAAGCGUCUCAAGGAAGAGGUUGAAAAGGUGGAUGAAAAAAUUAGAAUUCUUGUUGAGCAAAAUAAAAGUAUUGAAUUGGAAAUAACCAAGUUGAAGGAGAACAUGGAAAGAUGUGAAGGUGAAAAGAAGAAAGUGAAAAAUGAGGCUAAGAAUAUGAUAACUGAAAGCAAAGAGCUUAUGUUGAGUAUUAAAAAUUCUAAAUCUACAUAUGUUGCUGCCUUGGCAAAGCAACAGAAGUUGAAAGACAAAUGGGAAGGUUUCAGAAUAGAUUUUGCAAACAACUAUGGAAGUAGCACUACUUGA